AUGGAUCGUGCAAGGAAGCGCGAGUUGCGCUCCCUGAACACUCGCGCCUGGGAUGGCGACCACGAUGUGUUCGCCGUCAGCAAGUCGCUCGAUUCAUCCCUGAAGAAGAACACCGCUUUCAUCAAGCGACUCCGAACCGCCAUCUCUGCCGCCACUCUCAACACCUUCCUACAAGAGAUCCGCACCCUUAGCCUCCACAAGUACCUCUCCGAGAUUGUCUCCGCUUGCUACGAAGGCCUCUGCAGGCUCAAGUCCCCCGGCGAGAUCGAGGCCGGCGUCGAGAUUGUCAGCGCUCUGCACCAACGCUUCGGCUCCAGCGAGUUCACGGAGUACUUGGGAUGGCUACUUGGCAAGGGAAUGGCAACACCUGACAAGAGCUUGCUCAAGUCACUUGCCCCCGAGGUCCGCGAGAGGGAGGAGAAAGAGCGUUUGACGCGCCAGCGAGUGCUCUUGCGUGUCGUUACUGAACUUUGGCUCGUUGAUGUUCUCCGAACCCUCGAUGAUGUUACACGACCCGACGAUGCCACCAAAGGCGCCACAGGCAAGGUGGCCGAGCUGAAGCCCAGGGCUCAAGUUAACAAGAGCGGCGCCGCCGAGCCCUUUCCCCUCGAGGUUCUCAAGGAUUUAUUGGGUCAUGACAGGGAGCACGUCAACUUGCCGCUGCUCGUCAUUUUCGUCAAGGCUUUCAGUUGGGAUAUUCUGGGUGUUAAGUCCUCGGCGGCCGAGGGUCGCAAGACGGUAGAGGAGGAUGGUGCAACCAAGACGGCCAACGGCACCGCACAGGGGGACGGCGGCGGCGAUGACCAGGCCGGCGAUAACGACGGCCAACCGUUCACACCUCCCGAGCUCCAGGAAAAGUUCAAGACCAUCCUGAAGAAAUAUUUCGAGGAUGUCAAGAGUCACGUCGUCCGAGACCAGAAAUCCAUCCACUCCCAAGCUCGACGAAACGCCGAGGCUUACGUAAAGUCCGGCGAAGUCUUCGAGGAUCGGCAAGCGAACUUCGAGAAGCAGCUCAAGGCCCAGGAGCGGCUUGUGGCAAAUGCCCAGGCCAUCGCGGAUGCUAUUGGCGCCGACAUGCCUGAUCUGAAGGAAAGCGACGACUCGCUAGCGAACACCAACGGUUCCAUCGGCUUGGUCAAGGCUGGCGAUUAUCUGCGAGGCCUCGGUGACGGUGCUGGAAUUUGGGAAGAUGAAGACGAGCGACGCUUUUACGAAAACCUGGUCGAUCUGAAGGGCAAGGUUCCGGGAAUCCUUCUCGACGACGGCAAGAAAAAGAAACCGGACAAUGAAGAGCAAGUCGGCAAAAAAAUCGACCUGGCAGAUGCCCCUGACGCACCAAAGGCUCCUGACGUGGGUGAAGACCAGUCCACUUCCAUCGCUAAUAAGACGAUUGGUGCCCAGGUCGAUGCUGUGCUAGCUCGGUUGCCAGACCUCACCAACAAGGAUGUCAUAGACCAAGCCGCCAUCGACUUCUGCUAUUUGAACUCGAAGGCCUCUCGUAACAGGCUGAUUAAAGCUUUGACUGAGGUUCCUAAGGGUCGAGGCGAUCUCCUGCCAUCAUGGUCGAGACUUGCCGCAACUUUGGGCCGAUACAUGCCGGACAUUCCCAAGGGUCUUGUUGAUUAUCUCGACGCGGAAUUCCGCAGCCUCCAGAGACGAAAGGACAAGGACUUUCUCGGUCAGGUUCGAUUGAGCAACAUCCGGUACCUCGCCGAACUGACCAAGUUUGGCAUCGUGCCGGAGCAUGUGGUGUUCCACUGUCUCAAGGUCAGCCUGGACGAUUUUUCAAGGAUGAACAUUGAAAUCAUUUGCAAUCUCUUGGAGAACUGUGGGCGUUACCUUCUGCGGAACCCGGAGACCUCGCCGCGCAUGGCGACUUUUCUCGAGACGUUGCAACGCAAGAAGUCUGUCCAGCACAUUGGGCAGGCCGAGCGCAUGCUCAUAGAAAAUGCUGUCUACUACGUCGACCCUCCUGAUCGGCCCGCUAUCCAGCAAAAGGAGCGGACGCCCAUGGAGCUGUUCAUCCGCAAGUUGAUCUACAUGGACAUGACUAAGCGUAACUACAGUAAGAUCUUGAAGCAGAUUCGCAGGCUUCACUGGGAAGAGGCUGAGGUCGUCGGUAUCCUGGAGAAGGUAUUUUCCAAGCCUGGUAAAGUCAAAUAUGGCAACAUUCACCUCCUUGCCAUCCUCCUCAGCGCACUCUACCGGUACCACCCGGCUUUUGUGGUCAGAGUCAUCGACAACGUCAUGGAAUCCAUUUGUUUCGGCCUGGAGCAGAAUGACUUCAAGUUCUACCAACGUCGUAUCUCCGAAGUCAAGUACAUUGGUGAGCUCUACAACUAUAGAAUGGUCGAGCAUCCAGUCAUUUUCGACACCAUGUACAAAAUCAUGACAUUCGGCCAUGGCGGUCCUCCUAUCCCCGGUCGACUGAACCACUUCGACCUGCCCGACGACUUCUUCCGCAUCAGGUUGAUUGCAACCAUCCUGGAGACAUGCGGCAUGUACUUUGCCAAAGGUGCAGCAGGCAAGAAGUUGGACUAUUUCUUAUCUUUCUUCCAGUACUACAUUUAUACCAAACAGUCUUUGCCCAUGGACAUCGAGUUCAUUGUUCAAGACACGUUUGCACUCACGCGACCCCAAUGGAAGCUGGCAUCCAACCUGGAAGAAGCCUCAAAGGCAUUUCAACUGGCCAUAGCCCAGGAUCAGAAGGUUUCGGGAGCCGACAAGACCCUUGAGGUAGAUGACGCAUCGAUUGGUUCUUCUUCGGACGAUGAAGAUGGAGAUGAGCAUCUUCCCGAAGCGGAGGCCGACGAGGAGGAAUCGGGCUCUGAUGAUGAAGGCGCCGAGGACCACGACGUGGACAUGUCACACGCUGACUCUGACAGCGAAGAUGAAGCCAUUGUCGUCACCCGCCAACAGGAGCGGAUCGACCCGGAGGCUGAAGCGGAAUUCGAACGUGAGUACGCCAAGAUGAUGGCCGAGAGUCUGGAGUCGCGCAAAUUCGAGCGCAAGCCUCUCUUUGAUGUGCCGCUUCCCGUGCGGGGCAAGUCAAAGGAAACGGCAACAGGAUCAGAGCCUGUAGAGACUGGAGCCCCCACUGCCAGCACUACGAUGGCCUUCUCUCUCCUGACGAAGAAGGGCAACCGCCAACAGACUCGAACCGUGGAGCUUCCUUCGGACUCAACCUUCGCUGUCGCUAUGAAGACACAGCAACAGGCUGAAAGGGAGGAACAACAGCGCAUCAAGAAUCUUGUCUUGAACUACGAUCUUCGCGAGAAUGAGGAUCCCGAUGGUAAUGACCGCCUUACGUUGCUGCAAUCAAACCCAAAUGUUCACAACGCCCAAGCAGGCCACGAAAAGCCGACAUCCUACCACCACAACCGACCGGACCGCGGCAAAGACCGUGGGGGACAGCGGGUCCGCAAACUUCAGCUAAGUGACGUUGAUUGGUACGAAUCAUCAAUCAAGCGUGGAUCGGGCUUCGCGCGGGCGGCUGCACUUGAUUUCAACCCGGACGUGGAGUCUGGCAACGAUGCAGGGCAGUCGGCAACUCCCACACAUCAGCAUGGCAUUGCAUACAAGCGUUGCAUGCCGGUCAUGGGUUCUGCGUCCAGGCUGGAAGUUCGGAAGGAACAGCCUCGCCGAGUUCGCAAGUACCAGUAG